AUGAGGAAAUUGGAGAUUAGGCAAAAACAGUUAGAUUUGGAGAUUGCGACCUUGCACGAUGAAGAGCAUUCUCUCGGAGGAGAUGACGACUAUGGAGAUGAAGUCAUGGAACAAUUAGAACAUGUUAAAGAUUACGUCAACCUUUUGCCGGCGGACCGGCCAUUACCCAACACUGCUAUGUCGUCUAACAAAACCACACACUGCAAGACGACUUCCCGAGUUGAGUCUGAUGAGUUUCGACGGCACUCCAAGGAAGCUUUGGAGAUUUUUGAACAGUUUUAA